GAACUGUUACAGGUUUUGUGAACGCACCACGCGGAUAUGCUUGCGUUACGUCCUGCGGAAGUAAACAAUGCUCAGAUGACGUGGAGUAUCGCCAGUUGGACAAUCUGAAGUAAACAUAAAGUUUAUAGGCUAGUGGAAAUUGCAGCCCCCAUUCACUUUAGAUUAGAUUCAGUGGACCGUUUCGGCGUCGUCUGAGCUCAUCGUGUAAUUGCGGAGGACCGCUUAGAAUUUAACAGAAAAAGAAAGAUGGCGUCACUGGAGGAGGCCAGCAAGCCCUUUGCCGGGCUGUCAGAUGUCUCGAUAUCGGAGGACAUUCCAGUGGAAGGGGACAUCUCUGUCCCAGUCGGCCCUUCUAGGAGAGACGAUGAGUUUUCCACCUUAGACGAACCGGUGAAGGAAACUAUCCUGCGCGAUCUACGCGCGGUGGGAAAGAAGUUUAUACACGUCUUGUAUCCGAAGAGGAGCUCGGCUCUGUUGCGGGAUUGGGACCUGUGGGGUCCGCUGCUGCUCUGCGUGACUCUGGCUCUUCUGCUCCAGGGUGGUGCGGCCGACAGCGACGACCAGGGUGGCCCACAGUUUGCAGAGGUCUUUGUCAUCGUCUGGUUCGGCUCCAUAAUCAUCACUCUAAACUCCAAGCUGCUGGGUGGCACUCUGUCCUUCUUCCAGAGUCUGUGUGUGUUGGGAUACUGCAUUUUGCCUCUGACCGUUGCCAUGGCCGUUUGUCGGAUUGUCCUACUGAGUGGUACAGGAAAAGUCAGUGCCGCCAUACGACUGGUAGUUGUGACAUCGUCCUUUGGCUGGUCCACUUUUGCUUCCACAGCCUUUCUUGCAGAUAGCCAGCCAUCCAACCGCAAGGCGCUAGUGGUGUAUCCGGUGUUUCUCUUCUACUUUGUGAUUGGUUGGAUGAUCUUGACAUUCACACCUUGACACGAGAGGAAACAAACACAGAAGACUUUUGCAGAGUGAAAAAAAUUCUAACAGAAUCAGCCUUUGCAGGAAGAAGAGCGACUUCUAAGAGGACCGUCAUGUGUUUCUGGGUGUCUUAAACGGCAUUAAGACUCAGAACACCAAAGUAAUUCCAAACUCCUUUGAUGAGUUGUGGUCAAAAAGACUGCUGCAGUUGAAGAAAAAGAUCAGUUUGAUUCUUCACAGUUUUUUCCACUUGUGUUUAUGUUGUGUAAAUAGAGGAAAAAUAAGAAAGAAAAGAAAAAAGAAUGUUUUGGGGCUACAAUUUUAUUUUCUUUUGACUUCUGUGUGUGCUUAUCUUAUUUUUCACACUUACUAUUUGAAGUAAGUGAUGUUACGUCUGUGCAUAUUAAAAGCUCUGGCUGUAAAAUUUUGGUUUUCACAAGUUGUCAGGUGGUAGUGACUCUACUUAACAUUAAAUUUCCAUUUGAAAUUGAAAUGGUUUCCUGUUUAAUUCAGCUACUCAUCUUCUACAAAUUAAACUUAAUAAAUUAUGUUCUUAAAUGUACUGUCAAAAUUGC